AUGUUCCAAAUGUCGUGUCCGACGGUUCCUGCCGCACCCCCACAUAUCCUCCCAUCAAAUCCCCCCUUCCCACCUUUCGAAUGCGUCCCCAUUGUCCCCAUGCCCCUUUGCAGCCCUCUCUCCCCGCCGUCAUCAUGUGGAAUAGGGAUGGCGCAUCGCUGGAUUCGGAGAGCUUCACCCCACGCCGUCUGGCUCGUACGCCCUCCUCUCCUCGCCUUGUUUGUAAGCGUCACCUUUCCCUCAUCCCCUCCCAUCUCCAUCCGAGCCCACCUCUUCCCCUCGCCCCUCCCUUCCCCACACCUCCAAUCCCUCCUCUCUCCUUCUCUCUCCGUUCCGCCGCAACCACUCAUAGCCUACCAUCCCCUACGCCUCGUAUUCUCCUCUCAGCCGCUCCACGCAAGCCGCCCCUCCGCCUCUCCAUCAUGCCGCUGCUACAGCUCGACUCUCCUCCCAACCCAGGCAAGUAGCGAUCUGGCGAGCCAAACCAUACGAAACAAAAACCAGAGGACAGCAAUGAGCCAUCCCGAAAACAAACGCCAAACCACACGUCCCCCCUCCUCACGUCCCCACUCCGCCUACCCUCUCUCCCACUCACCUCCUCACCUCCUCUCCCCCUGCUUUCCACUCCCGUCCCCCUCUCACCCCUCCCUCCUCCCCAGCAACAGGGUGGGCGGAGUGUGGAGGUAG